AUGAAAUGUUUCUAGAGAUGAAUGAGGGAUUGUGGUAGCACUGCAGCAUUAUUUUGAUUUUCCGUGGGGUGCAUGGAUAGGACACUCUCCCAGGUGAAAAAGAUAAAUGGGUGAAAUUGCUUAUGUAAAGUCAUGGUUAAUGUACUUUCGGUACGGUAGGUGGCGGUAUGCACCUUUCACCUUGCGGGACAGUCAUUGAUAGAAGAAGAAGAAAAGACAUUCUCAACUGCAGCAGCACUAUUCAAGUGUUAAACACUGAAUUCCUCUGCUUGUACUUGUUUUGUGUGUUCACACGCCGAGGACAACAUCAGCUCGGAUCAUCUCAGGACCCAGUGCCACAGAAAAUUGACUGGGAUUCCACAUUGAGAGAGACAAUGUUUCGACGAAGGAUACCCUUCGCACAGAUGGCCUUUGCCACAGUGCUUGGAGUUGCCGGUGGUGUUUAUAUUUACAGACCUUAUUUUGAGCCCCUGCAGAAGAGCAGCGGACAGCAAAAUCAGGAUGUGUCAAAGAAUCUGAGUCAGUCAGAGGAAAAUCAGUCAUCACUGGCAGAGAACCUUGAACAGGCGGAAGCCAGAAGAAGUACAUGAGAGGCUGGUGGACUGUCAGAACCAGAGGCCAAAUCAAGGACAGCAUAUACUGAAUGAUGUAUUCUUGAUGUGAUUAUUGUGAAAAAGUAUUUAAUAAGUUGCCUUACUUCAUUAUCUUCUCAGUUUCAAAAACUGUAUGGCUCAUUGUACUUUUGUCUAGUAUGUUUUUGACCAAUGUCCUAGAUUUUUACAAUGAAGUUCUACAAACACUA